AUUUGGGGGAAAAAUUCCGAUUCACAGGAAGUCAGGAAGCUUCAAAAUGGCUGCUGCUUCCUCCUCCUCGACCUACUGCCUUUCUCCAUUUCCGUCGCCGCUUCUCCUGCGGCGGGAAUCGGCGGUGGCUGUUCCGUGUUUCUUCCCGAAGCUUCCUCUAGCGAAGUCCAGGAACUUCUUCCCGGCGUUGUUUUGCAUUUCCCCAAGCCGGCACGCGGUGGACGAACAGGAAAUCCUGCAGUUCGUGGCGGAAUCGAACGACCGGAUUCUCCCUUGCGUCAGAACCUUCGAGAAUGACUUGGCGCGGCUGAGUUUGGUAGGUUCCGUCGGAGUCGAGCAGGCUCUCACCGCCGCUGCCGCCGACGGAGGUCGAGCUGCGUCCGAGCACAUCCAGUCUGGCAUGUCCGCUAUGGUCGUCGAGACUGUUUCCCCUGGACCUUCCGACGAGCACGCCACCGUCUCCACUCGAUUGUUUUUGCCUGCGGAGAGAGUGAGAGCAAAAGCUCGCAAGCUCAAAGCAAGUUUCAAGGAGGAUGUUCUAUCUGGAGUGAGCUCCCAGAACAUACUCGCCUUGACAUUUAGACAAGUCGUCUUGCAACAGCUAUGGAACUUUGAACUUGUGUUGUUUGGGCCUGGAAUCGAGCGAGAUAUGGAGGAUCUCGAGACUCCCAGAGAGGUCUCCAACUUGUACUGAUAGGUUCAGUUCUCUUCUUCGUAUCAGCAGGUUGCUACCUCAUUCUUCCUCGGCUCAUCGGACGAUCGCAUUAUCUCUGUGCUAGCAGAAGCUGUCGCCAAUGCUGCUCUUCGUAGUACAGAAACAAGUUUUCUGAGAGGCUUCUUGGGGAAAUCUCCCAACAACAUCUUCUCCUGGUUUGGAAAGCGAAGUGGGAUAACUUCCAGAGAUUCUUCAGUUGUUAUUUACCAGUUGCUUGAACAUGAGAUCGUUGAAAAUGCUGAGACUUUACUUGAAAAGUUCAAUUCAACCAAGGAAAUGUUUAGGGGUAUGAAAAGGAAGCAGAGGUACAGCUGGUGGACACCCUCGGCACAAAACAAGUUGGAACGUCUUGGUGGUUCUGAGUUCAGUGCUUGGGUGAGUGAGUAUGUACCUGUUUAUAAGCUGCAAGUUGAUGCUGAUAAAGCCAUGGAUGCCAAAUUUGAAGGCUGGAGGAACUUGCCGGAUAACAAGUUCGAGGUUCUAUUAACGCACUCCCAAAUGGUUCGUCUGGCUGAAAUACUGGACAUGUAUUAUGAUGAUGCAUAUUCGCUACCUAGUAAAGAAUUGUCAUGUGGUACUGUUGCAAAUGUUGCUAAUUUGUCAGAGAAAAGGAGGAAUUCAAUGUUGAUGAAAACCCUUUCAGCAGCCUUGGCAAGUGGAAUUUUUCUGAUUACAUUAGCUGCUGCGGGUCAGUUUGGCUUCUCUUUUCUACGUCAAAGGCAAAAGCAUGUUCAAGAACAUAGAUCACUUUCGACGUCUGAAACUGAGUAUAUAAUAAAUGAAUCUGUGAAUACAGAACAGUUGAAUGAAUGUUGUGUCUCGGUGAUCAAAAGGAUAAAGGAUGCAUUUGGUUGGCACGGGGACAUAAUGACGGACUUGAAUGCUGGUGCUUGGAUUGGCCAAGUUCCGGAGUAUCUGAAAAUGACUGCGGCAACUGAUGAUUCUACCUCUGAAGGGCUAUCAACUGGUUUCUCAACGAUACAACAUAUUGAUGAGAAGGCAAAAUCAUCCGUGCAAGACAUUGCUAGUUAUCAGGUAGUUCUGUCGACUGAUGGAAAAUUGGUUGGCUUCCAGCCCACAAGUGGAGUGGGAGUAAACCAGUGGGCAGCCAAUCCCUUAGCAAAGGAACUCUACGGUGGAAGAAAGCUAACCCCCGGUUUCAUCGAGCCUAGGCUGAAUAUCGAGCUUCCGGAUGAGGUAGUCGUUAUCGAGCUGUUGAUGUCAAUUAAGGAUAAACACUUUGCACUGGCAAGACCAUUCCAAUGACUACUGUUACCCUGGUGUGUAGCUGUUUGGCAUCAUAUAUUGACUGCUACUCAUUUAAGGUUAGAAUAGAUUAUUAUGUAUACGAACUAAUCUCUGUUUAAAGUCGUAAAUAUGAUGUUUUAUUGGACCAUUUUGCCUAAAAAUACCGCAUAAAUGGUGUUUCUCCGUUGGAGAAUUUUCGUGAUCAGCUAUUCCAGGGAGAGAACAUUUGACCAAAUAACCAUUGUUUUUCUUUCUUCUAAUCCCAUGGAUGACGAUGGAUUGACGUGCCAAGAAUUCUCACACCAUCCAUAAAUAGUUUCCGCCAUAGCCAUAAGCUCACACUCUCCUCUUUCAAAGCUCUCCGAGAUGAUAAAAAUGGCUGGAAUUUAUCAAUUAUUUCCUUUACCCGAAACCAAAAAAAUCCUUACUCCUCAAUCUUCUUCCCCAAUGCAAUGGCGCCCAGCUCAAGCAGUUCCCUCCAAAUUGCAAUGUACCCAUGGUUCGCCCUGGGCCACAUCACCUCCUUCCUCCACCUCUCCAACAAGCUCGCAGAGAGAGGCCACAAGAUCUUCUUCCUCCUCCCCACCAAAACCCGAACCCGAUUCGAGGCGCUGAAUCGACACCGGGAUCUCAUCUUCUUCAUCCCGAUCCCCGUCCCGCAGAUCGACGGCCUCCCCGCCGGUGCAGAAACCACCGCCGACGUCCCCUUCCAGUCACAUCCCCUGUUACUGACCGCAAUGGACGAAACCAAACCGGUCAUCGAAACCCACCUCCGAAACCUCAAACCACAAUUCGUCUUCUACGAUUUCAGCCACUGGUUGCCGUUACUAGCCCGCGACCUGGGGAUUAAGUCCCUGCAUUACUGCACAAUCAGCCCAGCCGCCGUUGGGUACUUGCUCAGGCCACCAAACAGCAAUCUCAAAGCAGAGAAGAGGUCGCUGACCGCGUCGGAGCUGAUGAAACCGCCGAUCAAUUUCCCAGAUUCGUCAAUUCGAUUGAAAGCCUUUGAAGCUAGAGGGUUUGCCGAAUUUGGCGAGGGCCGUGAUUCAUUUACGGAGAGAAUGUCGCUCUGUUUUGGAGAGUGUGACAUGAUUAGCUUCAAGACGUGCGUGGAGAUGGAAGGACCUUACUGUAGGUAGGGCUCUCUCCGAGUCGAAGUCGAAAUCGAAAUCGAGGUACAUCGAGCAGCAGUUCAAGAAACCAGUAAUCCUAGCCGGACCAGUCGUCCCCGAAUCGCCGAAAUCAAGAUUAGAAGACAACUUUGCAAGAAUUCUGGACGGAUUCAGCCGGAACGCCCUGGUCUUCUGCUCAUUCGGAAGCGAAUGCAGAUUAGAAAAAGACCAGUUUCAGGAGCUGCUCCUCGGCCUCGAGCUGACAGGCCGCCCGUUCCUCGUCGCGACCAAGCCGCUCAUCGGAGCCGAAUCCCCGAUCGAGUCGGCCUUCCCUGAAGGGUUCGAGGACAGGACGAGAGGCAGAGGGUUCGUGACAGGGGAAUGGGUUCAGCAGCAGCUGAUACUGGACCAUCCUUCCGUCGGGUGCUUCGUGACGCAUUGCGGGUCGGGUUCGCUGUCGGAGGCGAUGGUGACGGACUGUCAGUUGGUGCUGCUGCCGAAUGCCGGCGAUCAGAUCAUCAACGCGAGGUUGAUGGGCGGGGAUCUGAAGGUCGGAGUCGAGGUGGAGAAGAGGGAGGAGGAUGGGAAGUUUACAAGAGGAGGUGUUUGUGAGGCGGUGAGAUUGGUGAUGGAGGAAGGGAGUGUGGUCGGGGAAAUGGUGAGGGAGAACCAUAGGAAGUGGCGGGAGUUCGUUUUGAGCGUUGGGGUUGAAGAUCGGUAUGUUAAGGAGUUUGUUCAUAAGUUACAGGCUUUGCUUGAUACCUAAAUUGUAUAGUAAGAAUAUGUUUGGAUGGUUGGAUGAAAUGAGUCCGAGUCGAAUCAAUUUACAGUAGGAACUUUGAGAUGGUUGAAGGAUUAGUCGGAGAAUCGGGAUUCAAUUAGGUCAAAUAUAUGGCUUUAUAACACUUACCUUGGAAAUAGAUUGCGUGACAUGGAUUUAAAAGCUCAGAAUGUCAUUAAGAGGAGUGGUGAUAAUCUAUUUGGACCCAAAGAAACGGCUCAAGUUAGGGUGCAUAACCAUGAGUUAUGUACUCAUUAA